UGGCAUAUUCAUACAGGCAUCUGUAGUGGGAGGACGAAGAUAAUGAGAUUUUUCGUUCUGACCCUUGCCUUUUUGGCGUCUCUCGGCUUUGUUUUUAGUUCUCCUGUGCCUGAAAAUAAAAAUGACGCGAAGCCACCACCGAUUAGCCCUGUCGGUUUUCCUACAGAUUUGGCACAGCCCGUUGAAGCUCCAAAGAUAAGUGAGGAUGACAAAUCAAGCAAAGGCGAUCAAGAAAAACCUAAAGAAGAGGAAGAAGACAAGGAAGAAGAUAAGGUAAAAGAUAAGGGAGAAGACAAGGAAGAAGACAAGGGAGAAGACAAGGGAGAAGACAAGGGAGAAGACAAGGGAGAAGACAAGGGAGAAGACAAGGGAGAAGACAAAGGAGAAGAAAAGAAAGGAGAGGGCGACAAAGUAGAAGAAUACAAAGAGGAUAAAAAAGAAGAGGGUAGUAGUGCUGACGAUGUGCCCGAUUCACCAAGAACAGAAAAGGAAGAAGAGGAAGAGGAAUCAGCUGAACUUAACCCCGACCUUUUUGAGGGAGACCUUAAACUACCACAAAGUGAGAUUGACAGAAUCAAAAACAGCACCAUUUCAAAAAAGGAUGCAGUAUCGGCUGUCGCAAGAAAAUGGCCAAAGAAUGUUGUCCCAUAUGUUAUUGACAAUAAUGUUGAUCAAAGAACAACACAAGUGAUAAUGAAAGCUAUUGGAGAAUUUAGAAUGAAAACUUGUGUAAGGCUUAAAAGGAAGAAAACGACAGAUAAGAAUUACGUAAGAUUUAUUCGUGCAAAAGGAUGCUAUUCAACUUCUAUUGGAAAAAGUGCUAAAAGAGGUGCUCAGUUCAUUUCAAUUGGCAAAGGUUGUGAGUAUGUUGGAACAGUGAUACAUGAAAUCAUGCAUGCUAUUGGGUUCUUCCACGAGCAUACUCGCCUUGACAGGGAUCAAUUUGUUAAAAUCCAUUGGGACAAUAUAGAGAAAGGACGUGAAGGUCAGUUCCAGAAAUAUGCCCAUGGUGCUGCGGACUAUCUUGGAGAACCAUACGACUACGACAGCGUGAUGCACUAUCCACGCGAUGGUUUUGGAAUCAAAGUGAAUGGAAAGCGUUUAACAACGAUUGUGCCAAAGAGCAAACCAUGGAGAAAGAUUGGUCAUAGAGGUGGUUUUAGUUAUAUUGAUCUCAGGCAGCUCAACAAGCUUUACACUUGCAGAAUGAGGAGAAGAAAACCACGAAGACAGUAACAGAUUUCAAAAUACAGAGAACACUGAGAAAAGCAAAAACCUGCGAUUACUACAUUUACGUUAUUCCUGUCAAUUUUUCUGGAAUUAACACCUGUGUACAAGAUGAAAGGCUUUAUA